UGUUCUGAGAGCUUCCGGUCUGGGUUUUUCUCUUGACCUUUCCUAUCAUGCUCAGAGUCAGAGUUCAAAUACUGCUCAGUUUAAACUGCUGCACGACUGGCCUGCAAGUCAAUUCAAGGCAUUUGUAUUGAUGUCAUUUUUGUCUGCGUUUUAUUUAACAAAGUGAAAAAAGCAAUCUCUGUCUUCCCAAAAGACAAGAUGUGAAAUGGAGAAGUAUCUGACACCCCAGCUUCCUCCAGUUCCAAUAAUUCCAGAGCAUAAAAAGUAUAGACGAGACAGUGCCUCAGUUGUAGACCAGUUCUUCACUGACAGUGAAGGGCUACCUUACAGUAUCAACAUGAACGUCUUCCUCCCUGACAUCACCCACCUGAGAACUGGCCUCUACAAAUCCCAGAGACCGUGCGUAACACACAUCAAGACAGAACCUGUUGCCAUUUUCAGCCACCAGAGUGAAACGACUGCCCCUCCUCCGGCCCCGACCCAGGCCCUCCCCGAGUUCAACAGCAUAUUCACCUCACACCAGACCGCAGCUCCAGAGGUGAACAAUAUUUUCAUCAAACAAGAACUUCCUACACCAGAUCUGCAUCUUUCUGUCCCUCCCCAGCAGGGCCACCUGUACCAGCUACUGAACACACCGGAUCUAGACAUGCCCAGUUCUACAAACCAGACAGCAGUAAUGGACACCCUUAAUGUCUCUAUGUCAGCCGCCAUGGCAGGCCUUACCACACACGCCUCCGCUGUUCCGCAGCCUGCGGUGAAGCAGUUCCAGGGCAUGCCCCCUUGCACAUACACAAUGCCAAGUCAGUUCCUUCCCCAGCAGGCCACUUACUUUCCCCCGUCACCACCAAGCUCAGAGCCCGGAAGUCCCGAUAGACAAGCAGAGAUGCUCCAGAAUCUAACCCCACCUCCAUCCUAUGCUGCUACAAUUGCUUCUAAACUGGCAAUCCACAAUCCAAAUUUACCUGCCACUCUGCCAGUUAACUCGCAGAACAUCCAACCUGUCAGAUACAAUAGAAGGAGUAACCCCGAUUUGGAGAAACGCCGCAUCCACUACUGCGAUUAUCCUGGUUGUACAAAAGUUUAUACAAAGUCUUCUCAUUUAAAAGCUCACCUGAGGACUCAUACUGGUGAGAAGCCCUACAAGUGCACGUGGGAAGGCUGUGACUGGAGGUUCGCGCGGUCGGACGAGCUCACGCGUCACUACCGCAAGCACACGGGCGCCAAGCCCUUCCAGUGCGCCGUCUGCAACCGCAGCUUCUCGCGCUCCGACCACCUGGCGCUGCACAUGAAAAGGCACCAGAACUGACCGCCGGGCCCCAGCGACCUGCCUCACUAUCACAACAGAGAAAGAAAAAACUGGAAAUGUAUAUUUUGUAUAUGUGAGAAAACAGGGAAUACAUUGUAUCAACACCAAAGUGUUUGGUCAUUUUAAGAAUCGGGAAUGCUUGCUGUAAUGUACGUGGUUUCCCUCAGUCCAGCAGGUUUCAUCUCAUGAUAGGCAGCCGCAUCUGGACAGGUGAGGCUGGGUGAGGUGCGCAUGUGAGGUGCUCAGACUGGGCACCGGGUGACCGUGAAGGUGGCGGGUGCCGGAGGAAGGAUGGGAGUUCCCUUGCCCUGAGAUAAUUCCUUAGGUGCCCAGUGUACCUGGCAAUUCACAAAUAGCCAUUGAACAAAUGUGUUUUUCCUUUUUAAAUAUAUAUGAGUUGCCUAUAUUUGCUAUUUGAAAUUUUGUAAAUAUGCAAAUCAGCUUUAUAGGUUUAUUAGAAGUUUUUUUUAGGAUUCUUUUGGGGGGGAAAAUCAUACUGCUUUUGAAAAUAACCAUGAAUACAUUUACAGUUAGAAUUGUGGUGAGAUACCUCUCAAAACAUUCAAAUUCAUUUCUUUAGGGGGAAGGAAUAAUCAUUCAAAUGAACUUUAAAAAGCAAAUUUCGUGCACUGAUUAAAAUAGGAUUAUUUUAAAUAACAAGUUUUAUAUGAAUUGUAAACUGAAGAGCUUAAAGAUGGUUACACUAUACAAAAGUGAAACCUCUUACAAUAAGCUAAACAGUAUCAUUUUUAAAAAGGACUUAAUGUAGUUUUCACAUGACAAUGCUGAACUCAUGAUGCAGUUUUCAUACACUGAGAUGUUCGCUUGUGCAGUACUGUUGGUUAAGUGACAGUUUAUGUGGACUUUGCAUGUAAUACACAGUGAGACACAGUAAUUUGACCUAAAUUACAGUGCAGUUUAGUUAAUCUCUUGUUAAUACUGACUCAGUGUCUGCCUUUAAGUAUCAAUGGUAUGUUGGAAACUUAAGGAAGCAAAUGCUACAUAUAUGCAAUAUAAAAUAGUAAUGUGAUGCGAUGCUGUUAACCAAAGGGCAGAAUAAGCAAAACGCCAAAAGGGGUCUUAAUUGAAAUGAAAAUUUAAUUUUGUUUUUAAAAUAUUGUUUAUCUUUAUUUAUUUUGUGGU